AUGGCGCCCAGCAUCCUUGAUGACUACGGCACCGGCAAGGGCCGCAUUGAGCCCAUGUUCAUCCCCGAUGACGCGUUGUACAAGGCCGAGGACUUUCUGGUCCCCUCCCACUACAAGCCGUACAUCGAGAAGAUCCUUCUUCCUAACGGCUUGGUCCGCGACAAGGUCGAGAAGCUCGCCUUCGACAUCCACAAGUGCUACUUCGGUCAGGAGCUGCACAUCAUUUGCAUCCUGAAGGGCUCUCGUGGAUUCUUCAACAUGCUCAUCGACUACUUGGCGCGCAUCCAGAAGUACUGCGGCGCCGCCUCCAGCCACCCCUCGUACUUUGAGCACUUUGUGCGCCUGAAGUCCUACAACAAUGACAACAGCACUGGCAAGCUGAAAGUGCUCAGCGACGACUUGUCCAUCUUCAAGGACAAACACGUCCUCAUUGUUGAGGACAUCAUCGACACUGGUUACACUCUCACAGAGUUCGGCAACCAGCUCAAGGCGGUCGGCCCCAAGUCCCUCAAGGUUGCGACGCUCGUUGAAAAGAGAACUGACCGAUCCAACGGCUUCAAGGGUGACUUCGUCGGGUUCAACAUCCCCGACCACUGGAUCGUCGGCUGCUGCUAUGACUUCAACGAGAUCUUCCGCGACUUCGACCACGUCGCCGUGCUAAGCGAUGCUGCUCGCAAGCAAUUCUCGCAAUGA